GCCAGCCUCUGUUCGGCCAAAGUGGCCGGCAACCAGCAUUCUCUGGACAUGGGUCCUCUGGCGGACUGCGCAGCAGGUCGCUCCUCCUCUCGAAUUCCGAUGCAGCUGGCUGACGACCGGGCACUUGAAGAAGACAAGAUCAACCGGUGGACCAAGGACCUCGGUCCCUGGGGGCAGACCUUGGGACCAACCAUGGCUUCCACGCUGAGCUGCGGGAAAGCACAGACUGCUCCAGAGGAUUACUUGGCAGAUAGUCAGGAUGGCCAUGCCAUCCUGAUGGAUAGCCGCGAGGGGCCGGCCUUCAUGGAGGAGAAAGAGUUCAGCCUACACCCCGGCGAGAUG